CCGCGCAGCGCGACCCUUGCCGCCCCCACGCCGCGGCCCCCGGGCGGUGCCGCUGAGUCGGCCGCGCACAGAGCCGGGCGGCGGGGUGGGUCUCUCCAAAGCCGCUGCCCCGCGUCCACCCUCCGUCCUCGCACCCCGGGUCCCCCGCCGGCACCAUGUCGGCGCAGGCGGCGGAAAGUUGCGCCCCGGCUCCGGCCGGCCCGUCGGCGGUCGCCGCCGUGGAGGAUCUGUCCAAAGUGUCGGACGAGGAGCUGCUGCAGUGGAGCAAGGAGGAGCUGAUCCGCAGCCUGCGGCGCGCCGAGGCCGAGAAGGUGAGCGCGAUGCUGGACCACAGCAACCUCAUCCGGGAGGUGAACCGCCGCCUGCAGCUGCACCUCGGCGAGAUCCGGGGACUCAAGGAUAUCAACCAGAAACUCCAGGAGGACAACCAGGAGCUGAGGGACCUCUGCUGCUUUCUGGAUGAUGACCGUCAGAAAGGCAAGAGGGUGUCCCGGGAGUGGCAGCGACUGGGCCGCUACACAGCUGGGGUGAUGCACAAGGAAGUGGCCUUAUACUUGCAGAAGCUGAAGGAGUUGGAGGUGAAGCAGGAGGAAGUCGUGAAGGAGAACAUGGAGCUCAAGGAGCUCUGCGUACUGCUGGAUGAGGAGAAGGGAGCUGGCUGUGCCGGCAGCCGCUGCUCCAUCGACAGCCAGGCCAGCUUCUGCCAGCUGGCAGCCUCUGCGGCCCCCUCCGUGCGGGAUGUGGGUGACGGCAGUAGCACUUCCAGCACCGGCAGUACCGACAGCCCAGACCACCACAAGCACCAGGCAAGCAGUGGCAGCCCUGAGCACCUGCAGAAGCCUCGGGGUGAGGGUAGCCCAGAGCACUCCAAGCAUCGGAGCACCAGUCCUGAGCAUCUCCAGAAACCAAGGAACUCCGGCGCCUCAGAUCACCCAAAGGCACUCAAAGGACCCAGCCCUGAGCACCACAAACCCUUGUGUAAGGGCAGCCCUGAGCAGCAAAGGCACCCACACCCUGGGAGUAGCCCCGAGAUGCUGCCCAAGCACAUGCUGAGUGGGAAUCCUGAGCAUUUCCAGAAGCACCGACCCGGGGGCAGUCCUGAACAUGCCAGGCACAGUGGAAGCAGCCCUGAGCACCUUCAGAAACACGCCCUUGGUGGGAGCCUGGAGCAUCUCCCCAGAGCCAGGGGAACCAGCCCGGAGCACCUCAAACAGCAUUAUGCAGGAAGCCCUGAUCACAAACACAUGGGCGGAGGAGGUGGAGGCAGUGGAGGAGGCAGCAGGGAGGGCACCCUCAGAAGACAGGUGCAAGAGGACUUGUCACCCCAUCACCGGAGUGUCUACAGUGGCAUGAACGAGUCAACAUUGUCCUAUGUUAGGCAGCUGGAGGCAAGAGUAAGACAGCUGGAGGAAGAAAAUCGCAUGCUGCCCCAGGCCACCCAGAAUAGAAGGCAACCUCCAACUAGAGACAGCUCAAAUAUGGAGAAAGGCUGGGGGCCCAGAGCCCGGCGGGUCUUGCAGUGGUGGCAAGGGUGCGGAGGAAUAGGACGAUGCCUGCCCACUUUCCCGGGUUCUUUUAGGUUACCAUCAGGGGCUGAUGGGAGUAACAGUUCACCCAACUCUCCAGCUAGCUUCAGUGGACAUACCACACCUUCUCAGCAACCUGACCCCGUGGUACAUUCUCUUAAGGUUGUAUGGCGGAAACUUGGCGAUGCUGCAGGCUCCUGUCCUGGAAUUAGGCAACAUUUGUCUGGAAACCAGUACAAAGGACCAAUGUGAGAAGCAUUCCUUUUCGAACAUGAGAUCACCACUGCCAGAAAGAAAGAAAGGAAGAACGAAUGAUUUUCACAAAACUCGACUCAUGGAACAUGGAGUGAUUUCCACUGGAUCAAUUUCGAUUUUCUUUUUAAAAUCAGUAUAAUUAAAGCUUAUUAUGUUUCUCACUUCUAUGUCCACAAAAAUCAAUCUCAAGGUUGCUUUGAGAAUUACCUUUUUGGUACCAAUAUUUUCAUUAGAAUUAAAAUAGGUUUUGGCUCAUAUAUAAAAUUAUUACUGAGAAACCUGCAUGACUGCAGACAUCAAUAGAGCUUUGGUGGUUUGGAUAGUUGAUUCAUUGCAUAUAAUGGUGGGACCUUUCUACCAUGUUAUAUUGAAAAUAAGAAAAGGUGUUCACAACCUUCCCAAAUUUGAGAGUUGGACACAUCUUAUAUUUGAGGCAACAAGUAUUAGUUUCCUAACACAUAUUUAAUGUGCAUAUAAGAUAAGAUUAUGUUUUUGGGUUUUUGUUUUGAUGUUUGAGAUUCUAAAAAUACCAUAUAUUUUUUUUUACCAGCUAGAAGUGUAGAAUGACUUUGUAGAGUGUUUAUCAAACAGUACAUUUAUGUCAGGUGAUCCAAAUAAAUAUUUCUUUUAAUCUUGAUACAUGAAGAUACAUGUAGGGGGACAUAUCAACCUCUACCUUCAUCAGUAUAUCAAUUGAUGUUAAUAUUGAUCAUUUUAAUUAAAUAAACAAGCAGUUUUUCUAAGUGUUUCCAGCUGUGAGAUGUCAAUUUCUACAAUUUAGUUUAUAGACAUGCUGUUAUAUUUAAUAAACUUUAUGUAUACUUUAUAGCACUGCAUUAUGAAAAUAGCUUUCUUUGCCUACAGCAGCUAUUGUUUUCUGAAACUGGUGCAUGUCUUUCAUUAUUGAGGCUAGCAGUUCUUUUCAGGUUUAAGGUUUGAAAUAAAGGUGUGCUAGCUUUGCUUAGGUUUUUCUCUUUUGGCAUAUAUGUGUGUAUACAUAUAUAGAGAGAAACUUGCAUUAGUAUAUAUAUAUACACACACGCACACAUACUUUUAGACUGGUGAAUUGAAAAUGCUAUGAUAGAUAUUUUGUGUUUAUUAAAUGAUAAAUGAUAAUUUCUUGUAUGAAUGUGUAAGAGGCCUGUGACAGAAUGCUAAAUUUUUAUAUUUAAGGUUAUAAAAGUAGGAAUGCAACAAUUCCCAGGUUUUAUUUUUCUUCUAAAUUACUCAGAAUUAAUACAUAGUAUAUCCUUUGUUCUUGUGAUUGUUUUUAAAUGGGCUCAUUACAGAGUAUGCUCAGUACACAGUGUAUUAAUUGUCAUUGGUGAAGGAAUGUGAAGAAAUUCACUGUACUUCUAAUGUGUUAGUAUGAUAAAAAUUCAGCUGUUUUUGAAAAAUAUAUGAAUUAAUUUAAUGUAGAAUCAUCUCUAUUAUAAUUGGAUAAUCAUUUAAAUCUAUAUUUCUUCUAAAAUGUUACAUGUAAAACUAUUAUUGCUCUAGAAAAGAAAAUUGCUUGUUCUAUUUACACAUUCUCUCACAGGAAAGCUUUUAUCUUUAAGUUGUUGUAUUCCUACAUGCUAAACACUUAAAAUAAGUUUUGUGCCUGCAGUUAAGUCUGCAGAAACUAAUACAAGAAACACUGGUCUUUUGACAAAUACUUGUGUAAAUUUUGAUACUGUAUUAAAACUAUUUUUUUAAAGUUCUGCAUAAAUUGAGUAGUAGGUAUGUGUUCAUCUUAGCUAUGAUAAUAAAUUACUUAAUCUCA